AUGAAGUUUGGUUCAUUCUAUUAUUGGAACAGGGAGAAGACACCCUCGCAGCAGGACCCUCCUCAACAGGCACUGAAAUGGCUUGGUCUAGCACAAAGGUUACACAGUCCAAUCAAUCGCGAGAUGAUGGAGUUGGAGAAGAACAAGAUGCAACAAGAUAUUGAUCAAACAAAGUCAUCCAAUGAUGUAGUGGAUGCCGCACAGACAUCUGCAACAUCUUUGACAACAGGCCAGUCCAAUGAUGAUGAUGUUACUGGCAACAAUGAAGCCGAAUCACUCGAUGAGGAACUAAAGGAUGAUAGACCUCUGAAGAAAUUAAAGAUGGAUCCUGAUGUUGUAUAA